AGGAUCCGUUUUGGCGGGCGGUUGGCGUUGCGCAGAAGGCGGCGGCGGUGGUGGCUAGUGGUGCGGCCUCACCAAACAGGAACAGGGCAGACGUUAGCGUGAGUGAUCACUCUCAAUCCCGGGGACCCGGUGGCCUUAGUCUUUCAGGUGGAACGGUGUGCGACAUGGGAAAGAAAACCAAGCGGACAGCUGACAGUUCUUCUUCAGAGGAUGAGGAGGAGUACGUUGUGGAGAAGGUGCUAGACAGGCGUGUAGUUAAGGGACAAGUGGAAUAUCUACUGAAGUGGAAAGGCUUUUCUGAGCAGAGCAAUGAUAUCGCUCGGGGCUUUGAGAGAGGACUGGAACCAGAAAAGAUCAUUGGGGCAACAGAUUCCUGUGGUGAUUUAAUGUUCCUAAUGAAAUGGAAAGACACAGAUGAAGCUGACCUGGUUCUUGCAAAAGAAGCUAACGUGAAAUGUCCACAAAUUGUGAUAGCAUUUUAUGAAGAGAGACUGACAUGGCAUGCAUAUCCUGAGGAUGCGGAAAACAAAGAGAAAGAAACAGCAAAGAGCUAAAGGAGGGGAUGGUCUCUGUCAUUUCUCUUUGUACAUAAUACAUUCACCUCCCUGCCUCCUCUCCCUUCUACCCACCCCUUUCUAUCCUAAACACAUCCAUAAAAAAUGUGCUUAUCACUGUGCUCCACAGGAGAAAUGUUGGUAUUGGUUCUCUUGUAACAUAACUGAUGGUCUGAUUAAUGAUGAGUGUCUCUCUGUGAAGACCAGGCAUUUACAUACUGAGUGUAAUACCCACAAUUUUUUUUUCCUUUGCCCUGAUCUCUUCCUUCUGCUCCCCUGUGACCUCAAGAUGAGUUUUAACUUUUUAAUCACCUUAGAGUCUUGAUUUUUAGAUUGGGGGAUUUUGUCACAAUGAUGUUGAAUUUUGGUUUCUUGCUUUGGUUCUUAGAACAUGUUGCUGACUAGCUGGCCUUUGUUCUGACAUGUUGAGAUGGAAAGGAUGUUGCCCGUCUGUUAAAAAGCCAAUAGCAACUGCCUACCUGUUGGGGCUUUCCCAACCUUGUUCAGCUCUACCCAGGAGAAUACAGGGUUUCUGGUGUGGUCUUCUGGGCCACCCUCUGUUGUUCAUCCUCACUCAUCCUCCCAGAAUUACUCCAUCCUUUGGAAGAUUUGAAAUUUUACACUGAAGUUUGUCAAGACACUCUUUUUAGCCCCAGGACUUUUGGUCUUGCUUUUAGCACUCUCCACUUCUGCUUCUGUAAAGUGAUAUCAAUUUGUGAUAAAAUGACAAGAUUAUUAACUGUGGAGAUUUUUAGCUAUAGUACAUGAGGAUGAUGGGGUAGGGUACAAUUGUCUUUAUUAUCACAUAUGGUAUGUAUGUAUGAUUUCUUUCCAUUCCUCAUAUUUAGACUGUAUAUUUAUGUAGGUGUGAGUGUUUGCCUGGUGCUUGCUUGUGCCAAGGUGCUAGGCACCCUCCAAGCCUGCCAACUUUUGUGGCCUCCCAAAGCAUUCCUGUUACCAAAGAGGCUUCAAACCUGACCCUCACUUCUCAGUGGACCCGAGUUUCCCUUCCAUGCCAUUAUUUUCAGUGGGGAAGUUUUAGAGGUGAGCUGUUGGCCACAAUAUCAAUUUUAAGUAUUCAUAGCAGUUAAAAGUCUCUUGCAUUCUUGGCUCCUGGAUUUACCACCAAGAGUCCCCAAAAUAUUAAUGCUCUUCCCUUUUUCUACCCUCAAACUUAUAGUUGUAUCUUAUUUUUUAAAAUGAAUUUUCAUGGCCAGGCACAGUGGCUACCACCUGUAAUCCCAGCACUUUGGGAGGCUGAGGCAGGAGAAUUGCUUGAAGUCAGAAGUUUGAGACCAGCCUGGGUAAUGUAGUGAGACCCCUGUCUCUAAAAAAUAUAAAUAAAUAAAAAUAAAGGCAUGUUCCUAAAAGACUAUCACCUUGGAAAGUGACAGGCCCUGGCAUUAUUAGCAUGUUGACACAAUCUUUUCUCCUUACUCAGCAAAAUAUUUCCUUUUGGUUUCUUCUUGUGUUGCUAUUAUAUUGAGAAAUUUGUCUGAUCAUAUCCUUCUGCCUUUGUCCCCCAAGAAAUGUCCUACUUUAUCCUUUUCUUUUUGUGGUUGAGGAGGGCUAGAGAAUCACAAUUAGAAGUAAGGAAAUAGCAGGGUUUUGAGGACCCUUGUCCCAGCCCCAAAGCUGAGGAAAUAAGAAUAAAUGCUUAAUAUAGCCUUAAUUCUAGAGUGCACCAGCCAUGAGGCUGCUUUUCUUGUUGCUUUUGAUUUUUAAAACAUACAGCUGUUUGGCCAGGAGCAUCCGCCAUUUCUAGAUUAUUCAGAGUAAUGAGGGGAAUGGAUGGAUUGCUCUAGUCCACAGAUGAGCCACAUAAUAUGCAAAUCAUAUACCCAUUCAUAGCAUUUGUUAACAUUGCUUCCCUGCUCAGCUGCUGAUUGAAUUCUGUGUGCUUAUAUAAAUUAUGUCAAAAAUUAUACUGCAUAAUUGAGGUGACAGCUGUUGCUGCAGUGACAUGACAGACUGGAACAAUGAAGCUUUUGGUUUAAGUCAGCUAGGAAAAUCCUUCUGAAUGGUAAUGUGAUUGAGCAAGAGCUCAUAAACCAUACCUCAAGUGGGUGGGAGUUUUAUCUGUAUAUUCCUUCUCUCUCUGAAGGAAUUAAAGGCUUAGAUCAAGUGCUGGAUAAUUGUCAAUUGCUUGUACUUAAUCUGAUCGGUUUCUAAAAGAAGGAAAGGAUGGUCAGGAAACAGAUUUAUCAUAAAUGUAGCCAAGGAUAUCAAUUAGGGUAGACAAGAAUAGGACAAAAAUAGGCCAGAGCUCCUGAGGAGGUGAUUUGGGUCUCGAUUUGCAGAAAAUGACAGCCUAUCCACGUGGCCCAGUGUAUGCCUCCCAGUAGCAGUGGGCAUGUAAACUGCAGUGACCAGAUUUUUAAAACUAAAAAUCUCUAGUAUAUGGACAAAGAACAUGACAAUAUUUGGUACUGAGAUUGGUUCUGAGAAACUUGGGGCACAUGGCUGCUGUGGUUAUAGGUAAUAUUUAAGACAUUCAUAACAAUCUGAUAUUCUUUUUACCGAAAUAACCCCAGUAUCAUCUACUACUUAUCAUCUCUUUAAUAGACUUUUGUCUUUCU